CCUCUCUUCCUCUCUUUCUCUCCUCUUCCCUCCUCAAUCUCUCUCUCUCUCUCUCUCUCUCCUCACUCGCAGGGUUGCGCUCACUGACUCCACAGCGCCGACAGGGAUGCAGCGAGGGCGCAGCGCAGCCUGAAAAAUGGCACCACGCGUCCUGUGGAUCUAUCCGUGCCUCCUCUCCUCCCUCGGUCUGUUUCACGCGCCGUCCCCGAGCGGAGCCUUGCGGAAUUAUCCGGAGAAUGAAGUUACAUUGCUGGAUUCAAUGUCAGCCUUGGCUGACCUAGGCUGGGAAGCCUAUCCCAAUGAGGGGUGGGAGGAAAUCAGUGUGAUGGAUGAGCGGAACACCCCGAUGAGGACCUACCAGGUAUGUAAUGUGAUGGAGGCCAACCAGAAUAACUGGCUGAGGACUCGCCAUAUCAGCCGAGAAGGGGCGCAGCGCGUUUACAUCGAGAUCAAGUUUACACUGAGGGACUGUAACAGCCUUCCUGGGGUGCCUGGUACCUGCAAAGAGACAUUCAAUAUGUACUACUACGAAUCCAACAAUGCCAACCUGUGGUUCAUCAAGGAAAGUCAGUACGUCAAAAUUGACACGAUCGCUGCAGAUGAGAGCUUCACGCAGGUGGAUGUUGGUGACCGUGUAAUGAAGCUGAACACAGAGGUGCGGGACAUCAGCAACCUGAGUAAAAAGGGUUUCUACCUCGCCUUCCAGGACUUGGGGGCCUGUAUUGCUCUGGUCUCAGUCAGAGUCUUUUACAAAAAGUGUCCCCUCACUGUGCUGAACUUGGCCGAGUUCCCCGACACUAUAACGGGAGGAGACACUGCGCUCGUGGAGGUUCAUGGCGUGUGUGUGAAUGCCUCUGAGGAGUUUGAGGCUCCUAAGAUGUACUGCAGUGCGGACGGAGGCUGGCUCGUUCCAAUAGGGAGGUGUGUGUGUAAACCAGGCUUCGAGGAGAACAAGGACACCUGCCAACCAUGCAGACCUGGAACCUACAAGGCUUCAGCCACAGACGCCUACUGCACCAAGUGUCCUCCACACAGCUCGUCCCCGCAGGAACAAGCCGUCCAGUGUGUGUGUGAAAAAGGCUUCCACCGGGCUGAAUCGGACCCACGCUCCACGGCCUGCACACGUCCACCAUCUGCUCCAGAGAACCCGAUCUCCACUGUGAAUGAGACCUGUGUCACUCUGGAGUGGUCCCCACCCAGAGACACGGGCGGCCGGGGAGAUGUCACUUACACCCUGCACUGCAGAAAAUGCUCUGAGGAUGGCAGAAAGUGCACGCCGUGUGGGAGCAGCGUCCAUUUUGUUCCCAGACAGUUUGGUCUUUCGUCACCUGUGGUGCUGGUCACCGACUUGCAGCCAGACUCCGACUACAGUUUUACUAUUGAGAGCCAGAAUGGUGUGUCUGACCUAAGUCCUACAGCGAGAGGAACGGUCGUCAUCAAUGUCACAACGUCACAGACAGUGAGCGUGGUGCUGAAGGAGAGGCGGAGCAAGGACAGCGUGACUUUGGCCUGGCAGGGUCCAGAGAGACCCAACGGAGCGAUAGUGGAGUAUGAGGUCAUCUACUAUGAGAAGAACCAGCGGGAGCAGAAUUGCACAGUUUUGAAGACUCGCUCCAACAUGAUGACAGUGGACGGGCUGAAGCCAGGGACCACCUACGUGUUCAGGGUCAGGGCUCGAACCAGUGGGGGCUACGGCAGCUACGGUGGAGAGAUUGAGUUGGAAACUAGUCAUGAAGACGUGCUGGCUAUCGGAGACCCUAACCAGUCCACCAUUCUGGCCGUGUCCAUCACUGGAGGAGUUAUUCUCCUCAUUUUCCUGGUGACGUGCUUUGUAGUCAGUGGAAGGCACUGUGGCUAUAUCAAAGCUAAACAGGACCCUGAUGAAGAGAAAAUGCAGUUCCAGCAUGGCCGAGUCAAGCUUCCAGGCAGCAGGACUUACAUCCAUCCUCACACCUAUGAAGACCCAAACCAGGCCAUCAGGGACUUUGCCAAAGAGAUUGAUGCAUCAAAUAUUCGCAUAGAGAGAGUUAUUGGAGCUGGAGAGUUCGGGGAAGUGUGCAGCGGUCGCCUGCGUGUUCAAGGAAAGCGGGAGAUCUACGUGGCCAUCAAGAGCCUGAAGGCGGGAUACUCUGACAAACAGCGGAGGGACUUCCUGUCUGAGGCCUCCAUCAUGGGACAGUUUGACCACCCAAACAUCAUCAGGCUGGAAGGCGUCGUCACUAAAUGCAAGCCGGUGAUGAUCAUAACAGAGUUCAUGGAGAAUGGAUCUCUGGACACGUUCCUGAAGAAACACGACGGCCAGUUCACAGUGAUCCAGCUGGUCGGUAUGCUCCGUGGCAUCGCCUCGGGUAUGAAGUACCUGUCAGAUAUGAGUUACGUUCACAGGGACCUGGCAGCUCGAAACAUCCUGGUCAAUAGUAACCUUGUGUGUAAAGUGUCUGACUUUGGCCUGAGUCGAGUUCUGGAGGACGACCCAGAGGCUGCGUACACUACAAGGGGAGGGAAGAUCCCCAUCAGGUGGACCGCUCCCGAGGCAAUAGCCUACAGAAAGUUCACUUCAGCCAGCGACGUGUGGAGCUACGGCAUUGUCAUGUGGGAGGUGAUUUCAUACGGAGAGAGACCCUACUGGGAGAUGUCCAACCAGGAUGUGAUUAAAGCAAUAGAUGAGGGUUAUCGCCUCCCCGCUCCUAUGGACUGUCCUGUUGUGCUGCACCAGCUCAUGCUGGAUUGUUGGGAGAAGGGACGCAGUGACAGGCCAAAGUUUGGACAGAUUGUCACAAUCCUGGACAAACUUAUCAGAAACCCAGCCAGUCUCAGAGAGCUGGCCAACAGCUCAUUGUGCAGGGAGGACCCAUCCACUCCAGAGUUCAGUGUGAGCACAGUCGAUGAGUGGUUGGAGGCCAUUAAGAUGGGCCAGUACAAGGACAACUUUUCCAGUGCUGGAUAUGUCAGCUUGGACUCAAUUCUAUACAUCAGUAUCAGUGAACUGGCUAAGAUGGGUGUGAGUCUAGCUGGCCAUCAGAAAAAGAUUCUGUCCAGCGUGCAGAGCCUGCAGUCCCAGGGGACGCAUGUUGAAGUAUAACAUUUUCCACACAAAUCCGCAGUGAGACAGAGCCAAAAUGGAUGCUCCUGUGAAGAGCUGUACAUGCUGGAUACUUUGCGCUCUGUCCUCCAUUGACUUUGUGACCCACUGAGAUGGAGACAACACGGACUCCUUCACCUUCUUGCAGUUUCACCAUUCUUCCCAUCUGAAAUGGGCACGACUGACUUCAGCACCCAGAGACCCAGCAGCACAGCCACCGGAGAGAGACACGUCCAAUGGCAAGACCACAUUUACCGCAUCUCAGACCAUUUCACAUUGUAUCAACAGAAGAAAAAAAGAUUUUUAACAAAGUAUGACAAAAUGUAUUAUUAUCAUCACUGUCUGUGAGGUGUACAGUUGGUUUUUAUUGUUAUUUUAUUUCUUUUCACCUUCAAGAGUUUAAAAAGGUCAAAAGAUCUGUAUAUGUGUAGAUAUAUGUUUAUAUGGGCUGUGUGUCCCACAAAUGUAGAGAUGGUGGACCUAAUGUUUGUAUUGGUGGUGAGGUUUAUAUUGCUUGACCUUAUUAGGAGUAAUGACCUAGUAGCUGUCCGUCCCCUUCCAUUGCUCUCUGUAUGCAGAAAGCCAGUCAAAGACCUGAGAUUCUGAAAGACAUGAAUGUGUUUGAUGAAGGUACAGAAAAAUCUGACCUUUUGACAUAAACAAGGUUGUAGAUUUUGCUAGAUUGUGUAGGAUGGAAGUGUGAUUGCUUUUAAAUUGCGCAUCUGAGCAAGACAAGGGCUUCCCUAGUAACUGCUCAAACACAAACUUCCAUAGCAACCAGACCCAUUGCACGUUUGCUAGUCUACUUAUGAUGUAACCAAGUGCAAAGAAACAGGAGAAACUGCUUACGGGGCAGUAAGCACAGUAAUAUUUUUACUCUUCCAUAAGUGACUGUCAAUUCCAAACAACGUUGUCUAGUUGCAGUAUAAUGUUGGGAAUCUUUUAGCCCAGGAGGUUGUCUUUCCAUGUAUCCAGCUGUUGGAAAGUUCUGUUGUUUUGUGCAGGGUAAAGGCCACGCAGAGGUCAUCAUAGAGUUGACACGGUUAAGAACGUGUUGUUGUUUUCCAAUGUUGUGCCAUGUAUAGUAAUUUUAAAAUCUUCAUCUCAACAACAAACCACCAUUUUUAUAAUUAUCUGUUCACUAGUUAUCAUGGCUCGAGUGUUACACGCCGCCUGCUUCAGUGACUUGCC